AUGAUAUCUACGACUGCCGCCCACAUUCCUGAGUUGACGACCAAGUUGGCGGCCACAAGCAGCGCCACUGCCGAGCUCCAGGCAACAGCGGACAGACACAUUACUAAGGCGCUCGGACGCCUUCGCAACCAUGUCUUCAAGGAGGGCAAGGGACUGAACGUUUUGACCUCGGAUGGGCGCCAGUUGCUCGACUUCACGUCCGGUAUCGGCGUCACCUCGCUCGGCCACUGUCACCCUGACGUGACCACUGCCAUUAUUGCACAGGCACAGUCCAUUGUACAUGUGCAGUGCGCGAUUGCGCUAUCGGAGCCUUAUGUGCAGCUCGUCGAGUCGCUCCUCACCAUGAUGCCCGACCCGUCGCUCGACUCGUUCUUCUUCUGGAACUCGGGCAGCGAGGCGAUCGAGGCAGCUGUCAAGGUCGCCAGGUCCAAGACUGGCCGCAAUAACAUCAUUGUGAUGCAGGGCAGCUACCAUGGUCGUACCAAUGGAGCCGCGGGCCUCACUCGCUCCAAGACCAACUUCUUCGCCGGGACUGGUCCGCUGAUGCCGUGUGUCUACACCACCUCGUUCCCGUACUGGCACAGCCUGGGGCUCUGUAAGGAUACCUCUGAGGAGGAGCUUGUGCAGCGGGCCAUCCUGGAUGUCGAAAAUGUUCUCCGGCAGCAGUCAGCUCCAGAGGACACAGCUGCAAUCUUCCUGGAGCCUGUGCUCGGCGAGGGUGGCUACAUUCCUGCCCCUGCUGCCUAUGUCCAGCACCUCCGCAAGCUGUGCACCCAGCACGGUAUCCUCCUGGUUGUCGACGAGAUCCAGACCGGAUUCUGCCGCACAGGCAAGGUCUUCGCUAUCGAGCACUCGGGUGUAACCCCCGACAUCAUGGUCUUCGCAAAGGGCUUCGCCAACGGUAUGCCCCUGUCUGGUAUUGUUACCAGUAACGAAAUGAUGUCUGCCAUGCCCGCUGGAUCGCUGGGAGGCACAUACAGCGGCAACGCCGUCGCCUGUGCCGCCGCCCUCGCCACCACUCGGUACAUGCGGUCGCACGAUAUCCUUGGCAACGUGCAGACCACGUCCAAGAAGAUAAUGGAUGGCCUGAAGGACAUGCAGGCUGACAUGGCUAACGGCGGCUGGAUUAUUGAGGAGUUAAUGGUGGCUAUCGAGUUCAAGGACCCCAAAUCGCGCCUCACUUCAGGCAACAUUCAUAACGUUAAUCUGCCCGCGGGUCUCAACAAGCUGGUUCAGGAUGCCUGCUACGACCGCGGUCUGCUUACGUUGACUACAAGUAUCUACCCAGUUCUUCGCCUUAUCCCUGCGUUGAUCCUCAGUGAGGAAGACGUGGACAGCAUGCUCCGCCUCAUGAAAACGGCUGUCGCGGAGGUCGCGAAGAACGCUCUCGCUUGA